GCUCGCCUAUACAAGGAGGAACAGCAGCUCAGCAGCCAUUACACUGCAAGAGCAGUUCGCUGUGAUCGUUUGAUAGUGUUAUUGGGAGAGCAGUUCCUUAUCGGAAGGCAGUCUUAUAAUACUGUCAGAAACAUGCAGAUCUUCGUUAAAACGUUGACUGGGAAAACAAUCACAUUGGAGGUUGAAGCCUCUGAUACUAUUGAAAAUGUGAAAGCCAAAAUUCAAGACAAAGAAGGGAUUCCUCCUGACCAGCAGAGACUGAUUUUCGCUGGGAAACAACUGGAAGAUGGCAGAACAUUGUCAGACUACAACAUCCAGAAAGAGUCAACCCUGCAUCUUGUGCUGAGGUUGCGAGGAGGCAUGCAGAUCUUCGUGAAGACGCUGACUGGCAAGACUAUUACACUUGAAGUGGAGGCAUCAGACACAAUUGAGAAUGUAAAAGCCAAGAUUCAGGAUAAGGAGGGCAUUCCACCAGACCAACAGAGGCUGAUCUUCGCUGGAAAGCAGCUGGAGGAUGGCCGAACAUUGUCAGACUACAAUAUUCAAAAAGAGUCCACACUACAUCUUGUCCUUAGGCUGAGGGGUGGCAUGCAGAUUUUCGUCAAAACGCUCACUGGCAAGACUAUAACAUUGGAGGUUGAAGCAUCUGAUACUAUUGAAAAUGUCAAGGCGAAAAUUCAAGAUAAGGAGGGCAUUCCACCAGACCAACAGAGGCUGAUCUUCGCUGGAAAGCAACUGGAAGAUGGUCGCACACUGUCUGAUUACAAUAUUCAGAAGGAAUCCACUCUUCACUUAGUACUAAGACUGAGAGGUGGCAUGCAGAUCUUUGUUAAAACAUUAACUGGCAAAACAAUCACUUUGGAAGUAGAGGCAUCUGAUACAAUCGAAAAUGUAAAAGCAAAAAUUCAGGAUAAAGAAGGUAUCCCACCUGAUCAACAACGUUUGAUUUUUGCUGGAAAACAACUCGAAGAUGGGAGAACGCUUUCAGAUUACAAUAUCCAGAAAGAAUCCACAUUGCAUCUGGUACUGAGAUUGAGAGGUGGUAUGCAGAUCUUUGUGAAGACUCUAACAGGGAAGACAAUAACCUUGGAAGUUGAAGCCUCAGACACUAUUGAGAAUGUAAAGGCAAAGAUUCAAGACAAAGAAGGAAUCCCACCUGAUCAGCAGAGACUGAUAUUUGCAGGAAAGCAAUUGGAGGAUGGUCGUACCUUGUCAGAUUACAACAUUCAGAAGGAAUCCACUCUUCAUCUUGUCCUCAGACUUAGAGGAGGGAUGCAGAUUUUUGUGAAGACUCUCACUGGAAAGACCAUUACCCUGGAGGUAGAAGCCUCAGACACUAUUGAGAAUGUAAAGGCAAAGAUACAGGACAAAGAAGGUAUUCCACCAGACCAGCAGCGUCUGAUCUUUGCUGGUAAACAGUUGGAAGAUGGGCGAACCCUGUCUGACUACAACAUUCAGAAGGAAUCUACUCUGCAUUUGGUGCUGAGGUUGCGUGGUGGUAUGCAGAUUUUUGUGAAGACCCUGACUGGUAAAACAAUUACGUUGGAAGUGGAGGCAUCGGACACAAUUGAAAAUGUGAAGGCAAAAAUUCAAGACAAGGAGGGCAUCCCACCAGACCAGCAGCGUCUGAUCUUUGCUGGUAAGCAGCUGGAAGAUGGGCGAACCCUGUCUGACUACAACAUUCAGAAAGAAUCUACUCUGCAUCUGGUGCUUAGGUUGCGUGGUGGCAUGCAGAUUUUUGUUAAAACCCUGACGGGCAAAACCAUAACAUUGGAAGUGGAAGCAUCGGACACAAUUGAGAAUGUGAAAGCAAAGAUCCAGGAUAAGGAAGGCAUUCCACCAGAUCAACAGAGAUUGAUCUUUGCAGGAAAGCAGCUUGAAGAUGGUCGCACAUUGUCUGAUUACAACAUUCAGAAAGAAUCCACACUGCAUCUUGUGCUGAGGCUACGAGGUGGUAUGCAAAUUUUUGUGAAGACUCUCACUGGUAAAACCAUCACACUGGAAGUAGAGGCAUCAGAUACAAUCGAAAAUGUGAAGGCAAAGAUUCAAGAUAAAGAAGGUAUUCCACCAGACCAGCAGAGACUGAUUUUUGCUGGAAAACAACUUGAAGAUGGCCGUACAUUGUCUGAUUACAACAUCCAAAAAGAGUCUACACUUCAUCUUGUUCUCAGGCUUAGGGGAGGAAUGCAGAUCUUUGUAAAAACACUGACAGGGAAGACAAUCACUUUGGAGGUAGAAGCUUCUGACACCAUUGAAAAUGUUAAAGCAAAGAUACAAGAUAAAGAGGGCAUCCCACCAGACCAACAGCGUUUGAUAUUUGCUGGCAAACAGCUGGAAGAUGGAAGAACAUUGUCAGACUACAAUAUCCAAAAGGAAUCUACCCUACAUCUAGUGCUGAGGCUCAGAGGAGGUAUGCAGAUCUUUGUGAAGACCUUGACAGGCAAGACUAUAACUCUGGAUGUUGAAGCUUCAGAUACAAUUGAGAAUGUUAAGGCAAAGAUUCAGGAUAAGGAAGGAAUACCACCUGACCAACAGAGGCUUAUCUUUGCUGGGAAGCAACUUGAAGAUGGUAGAACUCUUUCAGAUUACAAUAUACAGAAAGAAUCUACACUACAUCUGGUGCUGAGGCUACGAGGAGGCAUGCAAAUUUUUGUGAAGACCCUGACCGGUAAAACAAUUACGUUGGAAGUGGAGGCAUCGGACACUAUUGAAAACGUGAAGGCAAAGAUUCAGGACAAAGAAGGUAUUCCACCAGACCAGCAACGUCUGAUUUUUGCUGGUAAGCAGUUGGAAGAUGGGCGUACCCUGUCUGAUUACAACAUUCAGAAGGAAUCGACUCUGCAUUUGGUGCUGAGAUUGCGUGGUGGCAUGCAGAUUUUUGUUAAAACCCUGACGGGCAAAACCAUUACAUUGGAAGUGGAAGCAUCGGACACCAUUGAGAAUGUGAAAGCAAAGAUCCAGGAUAAGGAAGGCAUUCCACCAGAUCAACAGAGAUUGAUCUUUGCAGGAAAGCAGCUUGAAGAUGGUCGCACAUUGUCUGAUUACAACAUUCAGAAAGAAUCCACACUGCAUCUUGUGCUGAGGCUACGAGGUGGUAUGCAAAUUUUUGUCAAAACUCUGACUGGUAAAACUAUUACAUUGGAGGUAGAGGCAUCAGAUACAAUUGAAAAUGUGAAGGCAAAGAUUCAAGACAAAGAAGGUAUUCCACCAGAUCAGCAACGUCUGAUUUUUGCAGGCAAACAGCUGGAAGAUGGAAGAACAUUGUCAGACUACAAUAUCCAAAAGGAAUCUACACUACAUCUAGUGCUGAGGCUUCGAGGAGGUAUGCAAAUUUUUGUGAAGACCCUGACUGGUAAAACAAUUACUUUGGAAGUGGAGGCAUCAGAUACAAUUGAAAAUGUGAAGGCAAAGAUUCAAGAUAAGGAAGGCAUCCCUCCAGACCAGCAGCGUCUGAUCUUUGCUGGUAAGCAGCUGGAAGAUGGAAGAACCCUGUCUGACUACAACAUUCAGAAGGAAUCUACUCUGCAUCUUGUGUUGAGGCUGCGUGGUGGUAUGCAGAUUUUUGUGAAGACUCUUACUGGCAAGACAAUUACGCUGGAGGUGGAAGCUUCUGACACCAUAGAGAAUGUGAAAGCAAAGAUCCAAGAUAAGGAAGGCAUCCCACCAGAUCAGCAGCGACUUAUCUUCGCAGGCAAACAAUUGGAAGAUGGACGCACACUUUCAGACUACAAUAUUCAAAAAGAAUCCACCCUUCACUUGGUACUUCGUUUGAGAGGUGGAUAUUGAUAGAUGAAAAGUGGUCUCAAAUUUAAAGUUGACUGCAAAAAAAAUGUUUUAUGCCAAAAGUAUUAAAUUUAUUAAAUUUUGAAUUUUUUUACUGUAAUGGUUGCUGAACUGAAUUUCUAAUAAACCUGUAUUUAAAUCGUUUGGUA